ACUACCGUUGACAGGGGUGUGUCGGGAACACGGUGUGAUGUGGGCAGAACCCUGCUCCUUUUAUUGGGGACUCAACGAGCCAUCCAACUCCUCAACGAGCUUACCCAACCCUUAACUGCCAAAAGCCAAGCUAGUAUUUUUCCGAUGCAAGGGAAGAUGGUCGAUGCAGGGGUAUCGGCCGAUGCUGGGCCACAGGGCGAGAACGGCGCGAGGGAGGGGGGCGGCAAGAAGGUGUCGAGUGAGAAAGCGCAGGCGCGGAAGCGGGCGAAGCUGGUGCGGCUGAAGAAGAAGAUGGCGCAGCGCAAGGCGGCCAGGCGCGGAGAGAACAGCGCAGAGGCAGGCGAGGCGGCAGGGGAACGGGCUCCAGCAGAGAGUGGGCGUGGGGGCGAUGAGAGGGAAGGCAAGCGACGGCGCACGGUGAAACACCCGAUGCGAGUGGCGGGGCAACGGCCAGGCGAGCGGUGCUUCUCGUGCGGCGGAGCAGACCACGCCGCCAAGGACUGCCCGAAACGACGGGAGCGCAAAGUGGCCAAGGCGUGUCUCUUCUGCCGCCAGUGGGGCCACGUCGUGAGCGAGUGCCCGCGAGCUGCGUCGGCGGCCGCACCCGCUGUGCCGCAGUCGCCAGGCGCCGCUGGAGAGGAGGCGGGAGGCGCGGCAGCGCAGAGGGGAAGGCGUGAACAGGAAGAGAAGGGCGCGGGCGGCGCAGACGGGCUGGGGGUGGGGAUUUGCUACAACUGUGGUUCCACGCGCCAUCGGCUGAACAACUGCCCUUUGCCGCGAGCCAAUGGUGGAGCGGCGCAUGCAGUGUGCUUCGUGUGUCAGCAGAGGGGCCAUCUCAGUCGGGACUGCCCACAGAACCCCAAUGGCCUAUACCCCAAGGGCGGGUGUUGCCGCAUUUGUGGACUCAAGACCCAUCUUGCUCGCGAUUGUCCUUCAAAGCACGCUGUAGCUGCUUCCGCUGCCACUGCUCCUGCACGUGCUGGCAGCUCUGCUAAAAUGGGCAUGAAUCAAGGCAGUAGCACGGUGCGCCGCACUCUGCCUGGAGGUGAUGACCUGGGUGAUGACUUUGGGGACGCUGUGCUGCAGCCACUGCAGGCGAGGCGUGGGGAUGGAGAUGGGGAGGAAAAGGAUGUGCAGGACUUGGAGGAGUUGGAGGACGACGAUGAUGAGCUGUUGAGGGCAAGUGCCAAUGCUGGUAGGUCAGGUCGACUGGCAGCCCGGCGUUUCAGUGGCAAGCAGGGAGGACGAGGGCGUGGUAGGGCUUUCCAAGCCGGUGGCAGCAGGCGCCCGAGUAAGGGAUGGUGAACUUGUCAACUUAUACAUAUCUUUGUAUGUAUAAGUUAUAGGCUAGAUAGGUGUAUGUUCUUAGAGGGUACAACUCCAACCCUAUAUCUCCCCUGUUCUCAUCUAUUCUUGUUAUUCUCAUACUCUAACAGUGUCC